UCGAACCUCUCUCUCUCUCUCUCUCUCUCUAAAACCCCUUUAAAAUCCCCACAAAUGCUCUCUUUUCUCGUCCCAUUUCAAAAGAGAAGAAAAAGAAAAGAAAAGAAAAAUCCCAGAUGGGUCUACCCGGCGAUCUGAGCAACGUGCCUUCUGACUCGAUCCCCAUAAUUCUCGUAGCUCUCGCCGCUCACUGCGUAUGUUAUCUCAAAUCCCUCAUCUUUUGCCUCUUCCAAUCGAUUGGCUUCUCCAGACUCCGCGGCUCGAGAGGGGAUGUGGUCGUUGGCGGGGACAGGCUAUUUGGCGCCGUGGGCUCAGGAUUAGCCGGUCUGAUCGUGCUGACGGAGCAGCUUAAAGUCACCCGCGUGUACACGUUUAGGAAAGGGGGAAGUGAUGAGGGGGACGGUGAUGCUGGGCCGUCUGAUUGUGUGGUGUGCUUGUGUGGGCUGAGGGAUGGGGACCAGGUGCGCAGGUUAGCAUGCUGCCAUGUUUUUCACAAGGUUUGCUUGGAAGGGUGGUUCGAUCACCAGAACUUAAACUGCCCGCUCUGUCGUGCGCCGCUGGUGUCAGAGGAAGAGAGAGUGGUGGAGACGGAGCAGCGCGUGGGAGCGUAGCUUGUCACGUGGUUCUCACCGACUUGAUGAUGUCCAUGCCAUGCAUGAUGCAUGAUGAUGAUGAGAUGGCAUGUGAUGUGGUUUUAGCUGUAACUUUGAAGCCAUUAUCUAAGCUCACUCUUUUUUUUUUUUGAUCGAUACGUCCUUUCCUUUUGCUUUCUGUAAAUCAAAAGGUACGGAAUGGGUGUAUCUAUCAAAAAAAUGUGGGUGUGAAAUGUCGA